AUGUUCUUGCCUUAUGAGGCAGCAGCUUUCUUCCUGGGUGAAGGAACCCUCGACGAGCAGACUAGCAGAAUUCCAGCCUCCUACAUCUUCAUCAUUGCCAGCAUCCUCCGCAUCCGCUCCACCGAGGGCAGGUGCAAAGCCUUCAGGACCUGCAGCUCCCACAUCUCCGCUGUUGCCGUUUUCUUUGGAUCUGCUGCGUUCAUGUACCUGCAGCCAUCAUCCGUGAGCUCCAGGGACCAAGGGAAAGUGUCCUCUGUGUUUUAUACCACCAUUGUGCCCAUGCUGAACCCCUUGAUCUAUAGUCUGCGGAAUAAGGAUGUCAAAUUUGCCCUGAAGAAAAUUCAGGGCAGUAGAAAAUGUUCAUGA